AUGGAGAGCGUCAUGACUACUUCGGAGAGGGACAACUUGGUCUCUUCCUUCCUGGAGAUCGCCGUCGGCCAAACCGUGGACACCGCGACUCAGUUCCUGCAGGUUAUUUGGGUUCUCCUCUCCCUUUCUCUGUAUAAUUUUGUUUUCUUCUCCGCUUGGAUUUUUUUUUUGUGUGCUAGUUCCAUCCUCGAUGAACUUGAAGGUAGUAUUCAGCGUUCCCUCUCUGCUUCAGGCUCUAUAUACGUUCUAUGAUCGAUAAUUUUUCGGAUCGGAUCGUCUAUGUGCUUACAAUAUCGUAUAAUUUAACUUAUUUUACGUUUUAUUUACGAUAUUUUCCUGGUUACUCUCUGCUAACAGGAAUGUGUGUUCUUGUCGAUGUUACAGGCCACAAGUUGGAAGCUCGAUGAAGCUCUCCAGUUGUUCUAUGUCGGGAAUGAAGGCGUUGGGGUACCAGCGUUACCGAUACCGGUUUCUCCAACUUUCGAGGACACUGGGUGUGUAUCUCUCCCUUUCCGUCUGAACAUAUUGUUUGGUCAUUUACCCUUCCGGUGGCCCUUUCAGCGACAGGGAAAGCGUUAUCGCCGAUGAAAAUGCGGUCGCUCAGGUCUUGGAUGACGAUGGUGUACGUCCUCCUUUGCCAGUGAAGAGGGAGGUUCUCUAUGAUGAUGCCUCUUUCCAUAGGUACGUUUGUUGUUCCUCUUUUUCCUAUGAAAACGGGUGUUUGCUUGACAGUUCCCAAGGGGAAAACCAUUCUGCACGGCCAAUCUAGAGAACUCUUCAUGAGAAUUAUCUUGUUAUAUUUAUGAAUUACGGUUUCUGAUCAUCUUCCGAAGGAAAUACUUAAUAUGGUUGCCUUCUGAUGGCUGUUGCGGGGAUGUUAGCCUGCAAGCUUGGAUAUAUAUCUAAUUUCGUCUAUAUUAUGUAUAUGAACCCUUUUGGGAGGUCACACAAAAACAAGAAAGCAAAAACAUUUGUAGGUUAAUUGUUUAGGGGCAUGUGCAUCGAUUUUCUGUGGUGUACACGUUGAAUGAUAUAUUCAUUCUCAGAACCCUUUGUUAAGAGAACGUACUCUACUUUAAGAGUCUUACUUAUUUGACUUGAAUUGACCUUGGUCAAUCCAACUGCGUUUCAAGUGGCAUACUUUUGGAAAUCAAGGUCAUCUUUGUGAGAGCUGGGUUGACAUAGAAUUCUGAUAGUUCAUGUUUUCUUAAAGCUAAUAUGAAUGCAUUGCGAAUAAAUUCAUACAUUAUUCCCACAAAUAUUUCCACUCAUGGUUUUUUAGAGUUAUUUCUGUAACAGGCGAUCGUUGUCCAAAAUGUGGACUCUAAAUCUCCCUCUAGGGACGGCUUUUGCACAUAAUAUAAACUAGUUCUGGAUAAAGUAUGCCAUGGAUCAUUAGCUUUGAAUAGUUUUACAUGUUAAUGGACAAGCUGAUAAUACGACAUGUUCAGACUAACUCUGUAAUUCACAGUAAUAUCUUAAAAAAUUAUCAGCUUUUGAAUUGAUUUGUUUCUUGAAGUCACAUAGUAUAAUUUAGUCAAUUUGGGCUAAGUUCUCUGUCACAAGGAAACUGAGUCUACUUAUUGACUAUGACUAGAGGAAGGAAAAUGGAUGAUGCAUGGAUAACAGAUAUAGAAAGAGCCAUUCCCAUCUCUAUGAAGGGGCUUUCUUUUUUAAGUGAUUGAUAAAUGUUGCCGUCAACAAUGCAGAAGCCAAAGCAUCAUUGUAGAACAAAUCCCAUACUGCAGGAUAAGCCAUACUGGAUACUACUUUUUCACCAGCCCCUGCUUUAAAAUAAUUGUGUUCAUCAAUUUUAAUUUUUUACAGCUUAUCAGGAUGUCAACUUUUUUCUUUAUUUUUGUUUAUCUUGUAUCAUUCUUUGUCCAUUUUCAUUUUUCAUUCUGAGAUUUCGUCCGCUUUCUGUGAUUUCAUUUUUUGGAGGUAAAGUAACCAUGUUUGUUUUAUGGAUUGUAGACUCCAUCCUACUUCGGUUGUUGCUUUUCGGAAUUUUGAGGAGGAGUCCAAACGUCCUGGAGUUUGGGAAGCUGGUCAAAGUGCCGCAUCGUCAGCUGCUAGCUCUAGAGAUAAUCUUGCCUCCUUAUAUCGUCCACCUUUUGCUUUGAUGCAUCAUGGGCCGUUUGAUAAGGUUUUUCGACUUUUCUAUUAUCAUAUUGUGUUACAUCUUCUUGUCUUUGAGUUAUCAAGGGCAUGCUUUUGAUUUUUUUGUGGGAACUGCAUGUAGUGGCCUGGUCUUUGCCACUACCUAUGAUAAUUUAUAAAUCGGCCCUUAUACCUUAAGAGCAUUACCAAUUACUCCGUCUGGGCUCUUUCUGAUUUACUGUUUCGAUAGUGUCCUUACCAUUGUUAUAUAUAGUACUCCAUCCACAUCACUCACAAUUUAGAGCAUUGUCCACCGCAAUUUCUUAUCAAGGUUGAGUUGCCAAACCGAAACCUAUGCCUUUAAGUACAUCCUCUAUUCUAUCAGGUGUUCUCAAAUGUUAUCUGAGACUAGCCUGAGUUUUUACCACAUUUUCCUGGAGAAAACGCAAUACAAAAUAGUUUAUCAUUAUUUAGGUAUCCCCUUAUGCUUAUAUUUUCUACAUUCUCUAACAUUGCUCGAAAGAGCACUUAAGUUAAGAAAUGCUUGUGGCAUUUUUACCACAUCCAUAAAGGCGCCGUGAAUAUGUUUAUUACCACAUUAAUGUGCAACCAUUGUUUACUGACGUUACCCCAAAAAACACUUGACACUUAAUUAUAAGAAUAUCAUAGUAAAGACUUGAAAAUUGGCAAGAUCCAUAUACAAACAGAACCACUGGCGUAGGAGGAAGAUGUGUAGUCCAAAAGAGAGAGAUGGCAGUUUACUUCCUGGGUUUUGUGGUUAAUGUUUUAUUAUGAUAUUUUAUUGGUAAAGUAUCGGGAUAUCACAUUCAUUGAUCAUAUUUUCUCAAUCCUGUGACAGUCUAAUACUGUGUUAAUAAUAGAUAUGUAAUACAUGGAUAAUUAGAUCGUUUGUUCGAGAAUAAUGCAUUCGUUUUUCUUACUCUCGAUGAAUAAAUUAUAAAUAGUAUCCUUAUCCAAUCCCAAAAACUUAGAGAAAAUCAUAUCUUUAUCCUUAUAAUAUUCGAAAUAAAUACUAUUUAAAAUGAGCAUACUCGUUUUUCUUACUCUGCAUGGAUAGCAUGCAACUAUUACCCCCAUCCAAACCUAAAAGACUUGCUAGUUGUAUCUUUGUCCUUCUGAUUUUCGAAAUGAAUGACACUGAUCCAUGUGGGUCUAUAUUUGGAAUAUCAUCCAUUUCAGAAAACAGGGCGGCAUAUGUUUAACUCUACAGGCUUCCAUUACAUUUAUUUCUAAGCUGUACAUUGAUUCUCUUGUUUCAAUCUUUCUUAAGUCCAAUGUGGAGCCAAGGAUGUACAGUUUUGGCCAUUGGUUGUUUGAGUUACUUGGAACCUCACUUGUUUAUGCUGCUGCUUCUGACCAGACUGGUUGCAUUGUCGGGUCUCCAUGAAUGAUAUAGCCUGCCUCCUUAGCUUGCCACUUCUAGGCCUGCAUACUGCUCUCAGAAAGGCUAGGAUGAGCCAAAUGAAAGUCAACUUUUGUCCUCUGCUAUAUCCUAUUCACUUCUGAGAUAGGCGAUUUUUGUUGUAUUUCAUGGUAUGUACUCCCAAUUACAGAGAUAUGCACAAUCAAUAUCCGUAUGUUCCCCUGAUUUUGCACAAUCAAUCUCAAGGUAUCUCUUCAGUGGGCCCGUGUCCAGUGUGACAAUGAUUACUUUUAUGCUUUCACCAUAUCUGUCAUAUUACAAACUUUUGAGUCGUGGUCUUCUUUUUUGAAACCAACCUUCUCUUCCUCUAUCAAUCUUUCACAACUUGAUUAUUUCCCUUUUUAGAAUGAGUGUGUUUCUGUACGAAUGUGUGCUCCUCAUGUGUUCUUGUUGUCAUAUUUUCAGGUACUUGCCUGACUCACUUGUCAGUGUCGACCCUUGACCCCUGAAACCAUCUGUCCAUAACCCAUUUAUGAUCUACUAUUUUGAAAUUUUUCCACGACAGUUAGAUUCUGGAGGGUUAUAGUCAUCAAAAUCCCCUUGAUUCUCUCUUUAAUAUCGUGUCCUAGUGUCGUAUUUGAAUUUUCUCCUGUCAUGUUGAUUGACACAGGUGAAGAUUGAUGCCUCACUUCAGGACAAGUGGCUUUUGGUCAACCUGCAAUCAGCGGAUGAAUUCAGUUCACAUAUGGUAAUAAUUUUCUAACUUUUUGUCCUUUGACAGUUUGUUUCAAUUGAUGAUAGUGAUGUAGGUUUUUUCUUAUUUUGUGAAGCUGAACCGUGAUACAUGGUCAAAUGAAGCUGUGGCACAAACAAUUCGCUCUAAUUUCAUUUUUUGGCAGGUUAGUGUAUUCCUUGGACUUAGGUUAGUGUAUUGUUUUCUCCUUUUACUUUUGGACCGUGGGAUGAUGUAUUUCGGGACGUUCGUUGGCUUCUUUCCCCACUUAUGUACCAAACCAAACCCUAUCAUUCUCCCCCUUCACCCUCUCUCUCUCUCUCUCUCUCUCUCUCGCUCUCGCUCUCUCUCGCUCGCACACACAUCCGUGCUCAUUCACUCACUCAGUCACACGCACACCUAUCAUCCGACUAGGAAAAGCAUUUGUGGUGGCAUCCCACCAUAAUUGUUGAAGGAUUUACAGGUGUGUCGGGAUGGUGCAACUGGAUUCAAUUGUGGGUAACAAAUGGUGGUCAUGUAUCUCUCACUUAUGCCAGCUGAUCUUGACUUAAAUGCAUUUGCCAGCUGUAAAUUUUGGGAGCUGACACCAAGUGCGCUCGGUCAUCUAAACCACAGCUCUUUUCUAAUUUACCUGGGUUUUGAUUGAAGCCCAUGCUUAGGGUAGCUGUUAUUAGCUCUGUAUGAUGUUCUCUUGGGAUUCACUGACGUGGACUUGUUUCCAAUGAUGUUAAUUCUUUAAAUUUGAGUUUACUUUGUUAGUUAUCUAUCACUCUUAAAUGUAGUCGGGCUUGGGUCAUUUGAAUCAACACAUCUUGAGGACUUCACACACAACCCCCCUGUUUAUUACCUGGUCAAAUUAUGUAUAAAUGUAAAGAUCAGUUGCCUGCCUCACGUUACCUGGGCAGAUGCACGGAGUGCCAGAUUAGGAUGUAUCAUCAGGAUUGUGGUGUAAUAAAAGUUAACUGUUGGAUUGUCAUUGAAUGGCAUAUGCCAUUUGUGUGCGACAAUCGCUUUGCAUGAUCAAAUGAUGCCGUCAUCGUAUAUUAUAUCUCAUAUAAAUAUUCUGUAUUUGUACCUCACUAAAAGUUUUUUUUUUUUUAACAAAUUGACUAAUGCAUUAUAUUUUCAUUAUUUUCUUCAUAAUGUAUUUAUACUAAAAAUAUUCUUACGAUGGUAUUCUUAAUGAUAUUAAAUUUCUUUUUUAUAGCUUAGUGAGAAUAAUUCAAGUCACUUUGGGAGAUUUUUUUAAUCGUAUGGUGCCGAUGUCAUGUAAACGCAUCAUACUGUGUUUUGUGUCUUGCUUGAUUAUCAGUUGACUUAGAAUAAAUUUUAAAUUUAUCAAAAUUAGGUCUCACCUAGGCAUUUAGACGGUGUUGUAUACUGAUAAAUCAAUCCUACUUGUUGAAAGUCACAUGUAAAGCGUCAAAGCAAUGGUGAGCGAAUCCUCAAAACUAAGGGAACGUUUCGGGCAUCACUUUGCUGAUUUGGGGUGUGCAAAACUAAGCUGAACGAACGAUAAGUGGAUAUUGUGCUUGGCUUUAGAUGACAUGUUGGUGUUGUCUCGAUCAAUUUCUGUGUUACAAGCUGUUUCAUCAAGUAGGAUUUAUAAAUUACUAGAAAACAUACGCCAUUUGUGCAUUCAAUUACUAGAUGGGUUUAUAAAAAAUCAUGAUUACUGUGUUACAAGUUUUUUCAUCAAAAAACAUCAUCGGCUAUCUCAUGCUGCUUUAAAAAAUUAUUCCUGGUAAAGAAAAAAACCGAAAGUGCACUCAUUUACUGAGAAAAGGAAAAAAAAUGGCAUUUGAUAUGCAAUAGCUGGGACAUUUAAAUAAGAAGAAUGUUUUAUUUUCGUUUUUUUUACUGUGAAAAUGUGAUCAUCGAAUGAAUUUGUAUUCCCUGUACCUUGAUAAAUAUCAUUUUUAUCCUAAAAUGAAGAAGUUUGAGAGAAAAGUGUGAUAUUUUUGCCUCAACUCUGGGUUUUAUUUUCUCAUUUAGAGUGGGUUGUCAAACUUUGAUUUGGGGCACUCACCCAACUUGUGCCAAUAAAUCGGCUCCUUUUCUGACCUUUAAUCGCCCAAGUUGUCAUAAAUUUUUAUCCUUCUACUCUGCUAUUGCAACAAUCAUGUCUACCAUUCAAUUGAUGUUUACUGUGGAUGAGGGUCUCUCUGCAUUCUUUUUGGAGACCAACUUGUUUUAUGGUAAUAAUCUAAAGAUUCCGGCCGGCCCCUAAUUGUCUCCAAGAGUAGGCUUGUGGCAUAGAUGACUUUAGUACCAACUUCAAAUGCUUCUGUUCCAGUUGUGUACUGCGUGUAUUAGUUUAUUGAUUAUGUGCUACGCUUUGUGCUCUAAUGGUAUGCAUCAAAAGCAGAAGAUUUGGCAUGGAAACUCAUACAUUGGAUUCGAAUUUAUUUACUGGCUCCGGAUAGGUCGACUACCGAGUUAUUUGUGCUUACGUGAAUGACCAUCAUAGGUAUAUCAUGACAGUAGUGAGGGGAAGAAGGUAUGCACCUACUAUAAUUUGGUCAAGAUGCCCGCAAUUCUCGUGGUAGAUCCAAUCACUGGGCAGAAGAUCCGUGGAUGGCAAGGCAUGAUCCAGCCAGAUCGUCUGCUAGAGGUAAAAUCUGGUGCAUACCUUCUGUUCUGCAUUUUUCUAGAACAGUUGUUGUAUUGUUAAUGAGGGUGCUCGAGCGGUUUCUUUCUCUUCCCAAGUUGGAAAUGUGAAGGAUUUUGUUUUGAUCCAGGAUCUGCUACCUUUCAUGGAUAGAGGUCCACAGGAGCAUCAUGUUGCCCUCCCUCACAAGCGUCCGAGAGAAAGUGCUGAGAGUUUGAAGCACACUGCGGCAGGUAUUCGAUCGUCUUGCCCGGUGGACUUUAUCUUUCUUCUUAAUGAUUGCCCUUUUUUCAUUGAGAUUUUCAAUGCUCACUGGUCAUAUAUUGACGAUAAAAACAAGUUUUUUACUUUCAUUUGGCUGAUUCAUGAAUCUUGCUUCGAUAUUGGCUGAGGUUGUGUAUCUGUUUGAUGAUGUAUGAUGUAGCCUAUUUGACUUCUUUCCUCAAAAAAAAUUCUUCUUGGAGAUUUGAUGCUGAAUGGGAAUAAAUCGACGAUGAAAACAUAUUUAGUCAAACACUAGUUUAGUCAAUGCGAAUGAUUAGUCAACCCCAGAUCUCGCUUUCCUGUUCCAAGCAUUCUCUCUGCAAUUUAGCAUCUAAAAUGGCGUUGGCUCAAUCUUCUCCUCUGCAGAUUCGACCCUGAAAGAAGGUGGCGGGGAGGCCUUGCCGCCGCCAGCGCCUUCUCCCCUGAACGACAACAAAGACCUCGCUGGUUCGAGCUCUCCCGGCGGCGAAGAACCCAAAUCCGGCGAGAAGACGGCACCGGCCAGCAGCUCAACUGAGAAGCCCGUCUACCCGCCGCUCCCUGAAGAACCCCAGGCCGAGAGAGAGCUACUCUGCAGGGUCGGAAUCCGCCUCCCCGAUGGACGGCGAAUUCAGCGGAAUUUUCUUCUCACCGAUCCGAUACAGGUAGAGAUCGUCGAUCCAUCCCCUCGUGUGAUCGGCCUCCCCGAAACCCUAAUUUCCGUGGGAAAAACCCGUUGCUUGCCCUCUCGCAGCUGCUGUGGUCCUUCUGCGCCUCUCAACUGGAGGAGGGACGAAGCCGCCCGUUCAAGUUCACUCAGGCCAUCCCGGGGGCGUCGAGGAGCGUUGCGUACGGGGACGAUCUGAGUUUCGCAGAGUCUGGCCUCUCGAACUCUAUGAUCUCUCUCGCCUGGGAAUAG